UCCGUCGAUACGCGGUUAGUUGCGAUAUUUUUUUCCCUCUCGACCGCGCAGUUUGUCACUCGUGCCCGUGGGACGCGCUUUGCCCUUUGCGGAGCGUCAGAAAUUUCACAUUCAGCAAUGUGUCGGUUGAGCGUCAGCAUCCCACCACACCGUUUGUUUUUGUUGAUGAACAAAACCUGCUCUGUUCCAUUCUAUUUAUAAGCAAAUGAGGCAUACCUCCAAAGAUAUGCUCCGCAUGCCGAAGGCAGUCAUGAUAAUCGGCCGGAUACACGACGAUCUCUCUCUGGUCGCAGCCCGGGAGAAGCUGUGCGCUCACGCAAGGAGCGUGGGUUCGCCGUGCCACGGCACGCUGCUGCCCGCCGUGUACCGAGCGGCGCUCACCCACUCGGCCAACAUCUCGCACCGGCCGCCCGUCGACUUCUCGCACGACGCCAUCCUCUACGUGACGGUGAUCGUGGUAUUCUACGCGGCGAUUAUCGCUCUGCUGGUGGGCACGAACCUGAGACGUCGACGAAACAGACCAACGAUCACGGCACCCCCGCAGCAGCAGCAAAUUUUGUUUGACGACAGCAAUGGUUCGACCAAGGUGGAGAAUCUGAACAAGGACUUGAUCGCCGAGAUGCCACCAGACAUCGCGAACGUGUGAUCCGGCGACCAAUUGCUGUCUAUAUCAUAUGCUCGCGACGAGAAGAGAGAUGUAUUUUUAAAACUUGCUUUACAGAACACGCUAAUCAAGCGAAAAACGGCCGAUUCAUUUAUCCCACACAUCAUUCCACUGGAGAUUUAUAUUUUUACUCGUACUUUGUUCCGCUAAACUCAAUUUCGACCAACCAGAAACAAAUUUCAAAAGCGUUCCAUAUCAGCAUUGAGAAUAUCACCAAGGGUGCGUUUUUGACGGCCCUGACCCGAACCAAAAAUGUAAAAAUCUAACCACGUACUUUGUGUCGGCUUUAUUUUGACUCUUUUCUAAGAGAGGACCGGAACAAAGUAACUGGUGAUGAACAAUAAAGAGAGAAGCAGGAGAAACUACUAAUGUAACGUGUAGAGAAGGUCACUUGUGUAUCAGCAACCACUUCAGCGCAACCCUUAUUUCGCCGCAAUGGACGCGGCAAAUGCCAUUUUAACCUAACGCAGUCUUGGCAAUUUUCACCGCUGGCAUGAUAUGGGCGUUUAACUGGCUGCUCGCACGUAAUUUCAUUUGACAGAGAGCACUUCCCCUAUCAUCACACACACACUCACAAAGACCCUGUAAUGAAUGAAAAGCUUUACUUCUCUUUCUCACUCAUUCAGCUGGCAUCCCCAGAGAGAGCCAUCAGUAAUUCCUUCCCCCCUUCGAAGUCGUGCAAAUUUGCUCUCGCAGGGCUCAUCAAAACCUGCUUUGUGCGUCGAGAGCCGAAAUAGGACUUCUUGGGCUCGUGAUUUUCAACUCUUGACGAUAUUCGAUCUUUUUUGGAGCAAAAUACAAAUUUUACCAAUUAAAAACUGGGACAAAACAUCCUCAUCAAAAUUAAAAGGAAAGCAGCAAUUUUUAUUAUCCUUAACAAAAAAUGUAAAUAUACCCAUCAGCAAAUCUGUAUUUUUAGUUACUCUUGUUUCCAGUCCAUAGUUAAAAUGAUUAUACUGUAUCAAAACCAUUUGUUAAAUUAAGGUUAAUUUAUUAAAAAGUUUCCAUAGAUGAUUCUUCUUUUUAUGAUAACAUUCUAGUGUCACAGAAAAUGUAGUAUGCAAAUGACAUGAGUUCCUAGAGAUCUCGAUCUAGAAUUGAUUUCAAUUGCCCGAUCCUCUGCGCUGAAGUGGUUGUGCAAAUAUUUGAAUUCGUUGUUGAAUAAGAAAUAAGAGCCCACAAUUCCAUGUCCGCGGUCUAUCUUUCUCAUCUUUGUUCAGUGUAUUUGCCAACGAGACUCAAAAACUAUUAAAUGAUGUUGAAUAAAAGAGAGCUAAAGAAAUAUUGGAUGAAAAGAAUGGCAGAAAUAUGUAUUCUGUAUAGCUCGGUCGGCUCAAUGUGAAUAUAAAUAAUAAUAAAGGCAGUGCGCCGCGGUUAGGCGCCGAGAAGCAUUUUCCUGGUGUA